AAAAUAAAUAUGAAACUAGUAGGGUGCAACGAAUAAAUAUCAUUGAGCAAAUAUCUUGCUGUGGGCUGUGGAAUGAAUGAGUUUGACCCAACCCUUUUAAUUUGAUUUGAGUUUAGCCAUAAACUAGUUUCUACAAUUAUUAUUAUCAAUUGAGAGAAAGGGAAACUCAAGAUGUCUUCAUUGGGCACUUCGAAAGGGAUUCUAGAGAUUGCCAAGUUUGGUGUAUAUGUUACUGUACCCAUCGUUCUUAUGUACGUUUACGCUAACAAUACCAACAACAAUCUCCACAAGCUCAUCGGAAGGAAGUCAUACAUUGAAUAUCCUCAUGAUACACAAAAGCCACCACCACCCGAGGAACUUCGGGAGAUGGCGAGGGAGCUAGCUCGCAAAAGGAACAAUCCUUAAUGCUCCUUGUGGUUGGUUGUGCAUUGGUGGUUGUGUACUUGUAUCACUGAUUAUGCAGUUAAAUAUGCUUUUGUUAUGAAUAAUGAAGAAUGAGUUCUAAACUACUCUAAAUAAAUUUUUUUUUAUUUUAACUGUCUUAUUUGCAAAAUUCUUUAAGUCAUAAACAUAUUUUUGGUUUCUUUGAAGUUGAUCAUAUUUGGAAUCCCAAUAUAUACUAUUUAUGUAUUAAAAA